AAACAACAAGCACCAAAAACCAACAUCAAAACAUUGAAUUCCAGAAAUAUAGCCCAAGAAGUCGGUAUCGCGAGUUUUACGCCAAGCGACUUUGUGUCGGUUUGGUUUAAUAUGCUGACGGAAAUCGAGAAAGAGUCAUUAUUGGAAGGUUCUUUUGGAAAGAUUGGAUUUGGAUAUAAAUCGGAUGAGUAUCUGCAGCGGAGGGUUGAGUUAGUGAUUGGAUUUACAUAG